CUCGAAGAAUGGAAACCCAGGUUACCUGAUAUCCUGGAAGAUAUCCUCGCGUCUGAGGUCCCUGCGAACGUCGGGGAACUCUGUGCAUGUGGCCAGGCGGUAGCUGCUGCUCGAUGCCGGGACUGCCUCCAAGGCGAUCUGCGGUGCCGACAGUGCCUUGUAGAUGCGCACCGCCUAACACCUCUGCAUUGGAUAGACGUCUGGAAUGGACGUUGUCUAGAGAAACAGGACCUAUCUGAAGCCGGUCUCGUCCUCUGGCUGGGUCAUAACGGGCAUCGCUGCCCGUAUCAUCGCGCAGUGAUCACCCCCAUAGUAUACACCGUCACUCACAGCAACGGCAUUCACCGCGUCCCCAUCCACGAGUGCCGCUGUCCUGAUGCGCGCAAGACUGUGUCGCAGCUCCUUCGCGCCGGAUUAUUUCCCGCGACUCUCGAGCGCCCAGAAAGCGUGUUCACGUUCGACGUGCUCCGUCAAUGGGACAUCCACUUCCUCACUUCGAAGAAGGGCACGUACGACUAUUUCGAGGCUUUGCGACGGCUGACAGACAAUUCCGGAACUCGAAAAGUCAAGAACCGAUAUCGUGAGCUUAACCUCGCCGGUCGGCUUUGGCAACAUCUCACCGCCCUCAAACGCUCGGGCCUGCAUCACAACCUAACCCUUCCCAAUCGAGCCGCAUCGAUCGCCGUCCCGUGUUUCGCCUGCCCAUGGCCAGGAUUCAACAUGCCUCCGAAAUGGCAGGAGACCCCCGCCGACCUCAGCUACAUACAUGGGUGCGAGCUCGGAGGAGAUGGUAACCAUGGCCUGCAGAAGAAGCGCAAACACGACGAUCCCGCCGACGUCAGCCUCUGUGAAGGCCACGGAUUCUUCGUUGAUCCCACCAAGAUGACAUCGUACCUCGCCGAAAUCGAGGCAGAAGCCGCCACCCAGCCCGAGACUUGCAGCGGCUUCAAAGUCGCCCGAGCCCAGCGGCCCGGAAAGUUCCGCAACCUCGAGGUCAGCGGCGUGGUCGCUGUCAUCUGCAUACGACACGGCUGCUUCAGACCGGGUGCAAUGGUGGAUCUUCAGAAGGGCGAGAGGUGUGUGAAACCAGUGACGUCUUUCGCCGUCCUGACAUGGAUAUAG